AAUAUUUUCAAGGUCACAGUAAAAAUUUAAAACAACCACGCUUUCACGAAAUCCAUGAAAUAUUACACUACAUUAUAAUAUCGAAAUCCAUAGUAAUAGCGCAGAAGACUGAAGAGAACCAAGCAGCAGGUCGUGGAUGUAAACACACAGUUCGCGCCAAAAGGGACGAGAGAGGGAAGAGGAAUCACGUACUAGCAACUGAAUGAAGCAAAUGCACUGAUGUUGCUGUGUAGUCAUGGAAUGUGUUGAUACUCUGCCACAAAAUAACCUGUUUGAAGACAAAACAUCAACUGAGAGCAUGAUAGCUCAGCAGUAUCCAGGGCAAGACCCAGAUGAUGGCAAGACUGAAGAAGCCACUCUUUCUGAUGCCAGCAGAACCAAUAUUAGUGAGAACAGAAUGAAUGACAUGGAUGAGGAAGGGAUGGAUGACUCUACUCAGAAUUUGUCCUUUCGAAGAUGCAAACUGGUUAUACUGUCUGAUGAGGAGGAAGAUGAUGCACCAAGAAUGUCUGUCACUAGUGAUGCAGUGGAGGAUGAAGGCAGAAUUGGUCAGAGGAAGACGAGAGUUAUUGGGUCAGACUCGGAAAGUGAGGAUGACGGUUUCUUGUUCAGUGAGAAGCCAGAUGCAGGAAAACCAAAGGUUAGCUACAAUCCCGACAUCUUUGACACUGAGCUCUCUGAUGAAGACCAGCCACCACUGAGUGACAGACGAAGUCAUUCCCCGUCAGACCUUCAAGAGAGUGAGAGGGCAGUUCCUCCUAAGGCAAAAAAGAAGGUGAAUAAAGCCAAACAAGCCCAACAGGAGCUAAAGGAGAUUCACAGUGAGAGUCAGCGCAUGGUGAGGGAGAGCCGGGUCUCUCUUCCCUACCACAGACCCAAGCAAAGAACCCUGGCUGAAUUUCUGGCCAGGAGAAAGCAAACUAUGCCUCCCAAAAUACAGAAUCAGAGCCUCAAGAUGACAAUGCGUAAUAUGGAGAUCCUCAAAUUGUUGGAAGAAAAGAAGAAGCAAGUUGAUGAAUUUUACAAGUCAGAUUCAGAUUCUGAGGAUCCUGAUGAUCUUGAUUGGACACCAGAAAACCCAGAAAAGAAGAAUGUGCUACCAGAGGCAGAGAGGAAGCCAGCCACAGAGAAAUCAGUCACUGAUGAUACACUUCCAGACCUUAAUGCACCUUCCAAUGAGUCAUCUACACAAGAAACAGAAUCACAGGAAAGCGGUUUUGAGCCUCUCCUUGUGAAAAAUGACACUGUUGUAUCUUCAGAAGAUGAAGGAUUAGGUGCUUCUGAGAAAAAUACAUCUAGAGAGCACUCCAGCUCCUCAGAUAUAUCACAGUCUGGAGACAAUGAAGGCUUACAUGAUACUGAAAACUGUUCUCCUUUAAUGGAACAUAUGAACUGUGAAGAUAAGGACUUGAAAAAUGUAGGCAUUGAGACCAAUGCUAAUACUGAAGGCUCAGAUAACAGAGAAGAGAGACUAUUAAAAGAGCCAUUGAGUGUUAUGAAGGAAGACAUGAGCAGCAGUAGUCAUAAAGCACAAUUUGCAACUCCUAGCAGUGAUAAAACACGACUUACAACUCCUGCCAGUGAUAAAGCACAAUUUAUAACUCCUACUGAUGAUAAAACACAACUUACAACUCCUAAUAGCAACACAGCACAGUUUGUGACACCCAAAUUGAGAUUACUAGCAUCAAAGUUACCAGAAGAGGAGCUGAAAAAAAUUAUGUCAGUUACUCCAAAACUUAGCUCAGGGAAGAAGAAUGAUGUUAUUGAUUUAGAUGAACGUUCUACUCCAUCUCAAAACUCUGGAAUGAAUGACUUUAUAAAUCGCUUUCUAAGACACGCAGAUGCCACACCAAAACCAACAGAGAAGCAGCAUGUAAAUCUCAACAUUGUUAGCAAAGAGGAGGAUAGCUGUGGAGGGGAACGUCUUGUGUCUUCUACCUUGUCAGUGACUCUUGAUGCUAAGGAAGAACAACUGGCAAAAGAAGCUGUGCCUGGUUCCCGCUUCACCUCCUUUAAGGCUGCUCUCCAGGCCAAGAUCAGGGAGCAGCGGGAGAUCCUCAGGCGGAAGAGAGUCCAAGAGAAGCAAUUUAUGGAGACAGAGGAGAUACCAGAAGAUUAUCAGAAUGAUGAUCUGCCAAAUGAAGAGGCAGAAUUAACAGACCAGAGUGAAACAGAUUAUGAGACUGAAUCUGAGCCUGAGGAGAAUGAUGUGCCCAUUGUUGACAAGAAGAGAGAGAAGAGUGCCUAUGUGGAUGAUGAAGCAGAGGAAGAGGAGGAUGAAGGGGAUUCAGAGCCUGAGGCCAAUGACUUGGAUGAUGCAACAGGCCCAGUCUCUGACAGCGAUAAUGAGAAUGAUACAUCAGAAGCCACCACUAAACGAAAGAGAAUUAUCAAAAGCGCAGAUGAUGACAGUGAGGAAGAUGAUGUUGGAAACCUAACAUUGAAUUGGGAUGCGACUCAGGAAUUAGAAUCCGGGUCCAAUCCUUUGUCUCGCUCAAACACAGAUGACCUGUCUUCCUUGGUCUGCAAGAAAGGAGAGACUUUGGAUAAGGACAUGAGCACUACAUCUUUUGACUCAAGCUUUGAGCUGUAUGGGUCAGUAAUUGCUGGACACCAACCAGGAGGAGGCAUGAAAUUGAGUGCUGAGAAUGCACUUCCUCUAUCUCUCACAAAGAACAAGUCAAACAGCUUCACUAGCACCUUGAGCAGCAGCUCCAAGAAACAGCAAGAGCUUACAUUGCCUGCAGAAGAAUCUGUUGACAUUUUUAAUAAUGAGGCCAUCUGUGCUUCUCCAGCUGGUGUUGAUCUUAAUUUCUCCUCUUUGGAGUGUACACAGCCACAUGAAUCUAAUCAGGAAGAUGGGUCAUUUGCAAAGCUCAAUCUGGACUUUAGCAGAAUAGAUGGCACACAAGAUAAAGAUGAACUGAUUGGGCUAUGCACUGGGCAGUUUUCAGACCAGGCAGUGGCAGAACCACUGUGUGAGGACAUCAGUCCUACUCAGGAGAUGAGUGAACUGUUAGGUUUGUGUUCAGGCCGCUUUGCUGGUCCAAAAGAAGGACAGAACAACCAGCUGAAAAAUACCCAGGAUGGCCCCAAGACACUACCUGUCUCUCAGGAUGACCCUGAUGACGAUGAACUUCUUGGACUCUGCACAGCUAAAUUCACAAUGCCUACAGACAGCCAGGCAGAGCCCUCCCCAGAAGAAAGUGAAACCAAGAAAGUUGAAAAUGAAAGUCAUCUGUCUCCCAAAAUGAUUAUAUAUUCUUCUGAAGAUGAAGACUCAGUAGACAUUAAAAGUAGAACUGUGAGAAGAAGGAAGAGAAAAAGAGUCAUAGAAUUUUCAGAUGAUGAAGAUGCACAAGAACCAUUAACAUUUGAUGAUGAAGAAAAUGAAAUACCAACGACAGUGUUCACUGGUUUUAAAGACAAUGGUAAAGGAGGUAUAAGAGCAGAAUUCUUGGAAAAUGAAGCUGAGUUAUCUGGCUCUGAAGUGAACUCUGAUGAUGAAGCUGAAGAGAGUGAAGAUGACUUUGAGGAGAUGGAAGGUGAUAGGGAGCACUUUGAUAGCAAUGUACUGCGAGAUCAGGUUGGGAAGGCACAUCUAAGGAGCCUCUUGGAUUCAGACAAGCGUGAAGUGCGGCUGCUGCAGGAACUGUACCUGGAAGAUGGGGAGCUGCAUGGCCAAGGUCGCAGCAGACAGUUCAGGUGGAAAAAUCUUGAUAAAAGGAUGGAAAAUGAUGAAAUUAAGACAUUAUCAGAUGAAGAAGGAAGUGAUGAUAAUAUGGAAGAUAGUGAAUGGAGGAAGCAGAAAAUUGAGAGAGAAAAAUUUAUACUGGAGCAAAAAGCCAAGCAGAUGACAGAUGUGGAAGCAGAGCUUUAUGAUGUUGGAAGCUGGUCUAGUAGCAUGCAAAAUUCAAAAGGGGAGCUGGGAAAGAGGAACUCUCUUACCUCUUUUCCUUCACUCAAGAGAAAGAGAGGUUCCUUCCUGAACCGAGACACAACAACCCUGGCCCGCAUUGCAGAGUUCACCAAAGAUGGGAGGGAUGUUGUGGGAGGUGCCAAGCAGGGAGGCAACUUUGUUUUCCAGCAGCUUGGUGCUGAUGAGUCAAAAGAAAAGGGGGAAGAUGAAGAAAAUAUUGGUGUCACCCAAAACAGGAGAAACCGCUUACCACCCAAGGUCAAAAAGGCAAAAAUAGAGAAGUUUUCAUGGAAUAUAGAAAACAGUCAGUCAUCAUCAAGUGUUUUUGAAUUUUUAUAAUGUUUGAAUAAAGUUAAAAGUGAAGUAUGCAUAUGGAGAUUUAAUUUAGUUGUUGUAAAGCAGUUUGCAAUAUAGUACAAUAUUUAUUUAUUUGUAUAUAAGAAAAUUUAUGAAAAAAAUUACUUCAGCAUAUUCUGCCUUGUCAAAGAUAGUUUUAUUUGUUCAAUAAUGUAGAAUGGAAUAUUUCAUUUACACAAGCAUUCAAUGAGGUCAUAUGGCAGAUGAAAUGGGAAAAAGCUUUCAUGACCUAGAUUUAUUGAUGUUUGAAUCAAGGAGUAGAGUCAUGUAUAUAUAUAAAACUGAAAAAGAAAAUGAGAAUUACAUUUUAGAUUCAAAGAUUAAAUUUUUAUUAUGUUUUAUGAGCUGAUGAACCAGUGAUAUAGGAAUGGAUUUUUUAUUGUGGUGAAAUCAGGAAUGCAAUAAUGCAGUGUUUUAUAGUUUUGUAAAACAAAUAAAGUAUUUUUUUUUUGAA